AUGCACCCGAGGUCGCGCAUUCGCGGACGCGAGCCGCCGGCCCCGCCGCCGCCGUCAUCCGGAGGACGAUACCGCCGACGGUCCCCGCCCCUGCCGCCGCCCUCCCCGCGGCCGCAGCACCACCAGCGCCGGGCCCCGCCGCGGCGCAGCAGCCCCGAACGGCCGCCCCCGCGCCGCCUGCUGGCGUUGGACGAGAAGCCCCUCCCGCCGCCGGCGGCCGCGCUGGUCGUCGCCGCCGAACGGCGCUGGCGCAACGACGUGCUCCUCGAGGCCGGCCGCCUGGCCGCCCACUACCUGGUCGCGCAGGGCGUCCUCCCCGACCACGUUCUCCACGCCCGGGAAGACCCCAGCCCCAAGCACCACCACGUUCUCCACGCCAGGGACGACCCCAAGCAGCACCCCAUCCCCAGCCCCCGCCCCGAGAUCUCCGCCCCCGCCGGCUACACCAGGAAGAGGGAUGACGACGGAGACGACCCCAGAUGGCGGAGGAACGGAGGAGGAGGCGGCGGCGCCGACUGGGGCCGCGACAAGAGGGACGAGGACGACGGCGCCAGGCUAGCCCGGGCCAAGUCGGGCUGGGACCGGAGGACCCAGAGCUUUGACGGAAGACGCAGGUACAACGAGGGCGAUGGCGGACGCGGUGCUGGCGGUGAUGCCGACCGGGGCGUUCGCCGGAGCCACCCGUACGACGAGAAGAGGAGACCCGCCUUGUCACGCUCCUACUCGCAGAACGACCGCCGGGCCUCCAGCGACGACCGCCGGCCGGCCCCCAUCGAUGACCGCCGGCCCUCUGUUGACCGCAGACUGGACCGCAAGCGGAGGAGCAGAAGCAGGAGUAGAAGCCGGAGCCGGAGCCGGAGCAGAACCAGGCCCAGGAGCUCUUACAGCGGCGGCCGGAGGGAUCCAGACUGGCGACCACGCGGUGGUGAUUUCGAUCAGCCACGCAGUGGCGAUCUGGAUCAGAGCAAGGUGCCAGCAGAGCCUGCAACUGUUGCCAGCCGCGACGGUGAUGUGGACGGCGAUGAUGUCGAUAAACUGCCAAUGGAUCCAAAGAUUCCUCGCUCGGAGGUGCUGAUGGUGGAGGCGACUGACGGUGCCGGCCGUGAAGAUGAAGCUGCGGUGGAACCAGAGCAUGAUGGUGCCAGACAUGAAGAUGAAGAGGCAGAGUAUGAGUAUGAGGAGGUUGUGGAAUCAGAUGAUCAUGGUGAAGAUGAUGAUGGUGUCACCUAUGAAUAUGAAGAGAUGGAAACAGAGGACAAUGGUCAGGACGAUGAGGCUGCUGCUGUUGCUGGCUUGAAUGAUGCUGAUGCUGAUGCUGCUGAAAUAAAUGCCAGCCACCAACUGUCCAUGGUGGAUGUUCAUCCAUCACAGCCUGAUGAGGAACCGGGGCACACGCAGCCCCAGCUCAGCGACGUCGAGGAGGACACGGAGGCGGGCGUUGCGCGUGUGGAUGCAUGCCUGAUUGAACCAGUGGCUGACAACAGUGGUUGUUCUGAAGUUAGAGGUGAAACGGAGGCUCCGCAAAGUCAACCUGAAACUGGACUUCAAGUUAGAGGUGAAAUGGAGGCUCUGCAGAGUGAACUUGGAACUGAACUUCAAGUUAGAAAUGAAAUGGAGGUUCUGCAGAGUGAACCUGAAACUGAAAUUCAAGUUGCAGCUGAAAUAGUGGCUCCGCAGAGUGAACUUGAAACUGAACUUCAAGUUGCAAGUGAAAUGGAGGCUCCACAAAGUGAACCUGAAGCUGAACUUCAAGUUGCAAGUGAAAUGGAGGCUCCACAAAGUGAAUCUGAAGCUGAACUUCAAGUUGCCGAUGAAAUGGAGGCUCCACAAAGUGAACCUGAGGCUGAACUUCAAGUUGCCUAUGAAAUGGAGGCUCCACAAAGUGAACCUGAGGCUGAACUUCAAGUAGCAGGUGAAAUGGAGGCUCUGCAUAGUGAACUUGGAAGUGCACUUCAAGUGGUAGGUGAAAUGGAGGCUCCGCAAAGUGAACUUGGAACUGAAUUUCAAGUGGCAGGUGAAAUGGAGGCUCUGCAAAGUGAACCUGAAACUGAACUUGUUGAGGAAACUCCACAAAGGGAAAUUGAGCUUGGAACUGAACUUCAAGUGACAGGUGAAAUGGAGGCUCUGCAAAGUGAACCUGAAACUGAACUUGUCGAGGAAACUCCACAAAUGGAAAUUGAGCUUGGAACUGAACUUCAAGUGGCAGGUGAAAUGCAGGCUCCGCAAACUGAACAUGAAUCUGAACUUGUCGAGGAAACUCCACAAAUUGAAAUUGAAGCUGCUGAUGGUGAUCCUACUAGAGAUGAAGAAGAGCUGCCGGCUUGGUAUCAAAUUUUUGACCUCAAUGUCGACGGAACUCGUGAGAGCUGUGAAGUGACUGAGAUUCCCGGUGAUCCUCCUGAAGAACAUGCUUCUGAUUCUCUGCCUGAUUUAGUUGGUCAGAUGAGUCAGCAAGCAUACUCUGAUCCUCCAGAUACUCAAGUUCAAGAUAAACGUGCAGAUGAAAACCAACAGUUCGAGGAUGAUCAGGUGCUUCUAAAUCAGGGUAUUGUCAUGCAUGAUUUGGAUAAGAACUACCAGAACAGCGAGCAGAUGCUUAUAAAUCAGAUAGCCGAUGAGCAUGGACAGGGUGAUCAACAGCAGGAGGGCGAGCAAAUGCUUUUAAACAAUGAGGAAACAAUGCUAAAGCAAGAUGGGGAGGAGCAGGUGGAGAAUGAGCAAUUCCUACCUGAUCGUGCUGCAGACGUUAAUCACCAGAUAAAGGAGGAACAAAUGCUUCUAGAUCAUGUUACAGUUGUGCAUGACUUGGAUCAUUGUGAUCUGAACGGUGAACAGAUGCUACUAACAGAUGAUUCAGUUAAUAAAUCUGCAGUUGAUGGGGGCCAGUUGAAGGAUGGGCAAAUGGACCGGGCUGCAAAGAGACAAGCUACACUUCGCAGCCUGGACAAUGGCCAAAUGAUGAUUCCUAUAAUUAAUUUGGAUGACGACGACGAUGAUGAUGAUUAUGCAGAGCAGCCUGGUACCAGAGAGUUCUUAGAAACCAAAAGUGAUGCCUUACACGUGGAUAAUUUUCUGCCAGAACGUAUGUGUUCUCAAGACGAGCAAGCCGCAAGCUUUCCUGACCAUCAGACUAACAUCCCAGCAUCUUCUUCAUCGGUUCCACCACAUUCCGGGAAUAGGUGGACUGGGAUGGGAGCUGUCAAUGCACAGGGAAUUCCCAGUGAUGAUGGCGUCCUAUAUGGUGGUGCGUUUGACAAGAUACCAUUAGAAGUGAUCAACGUGUGGGACCUGCCGUCAUCCGAGCUGGGGAAGUCCUGA